AGCCUCCGCAGCAUAGAUUGCAUACUCAGCCACUCAAAUGGGCCAGGGCUGUGUCCGCCGGUUCUCGGCGCCCACUCUUCCCAUGCUUCUCGCCCUUAUCCUACUUUUCCUACACCUCUUCGCCGGCAACGCCGUCGCUUGGCGGCCGUGGCCUAAUCACAAUGUAAACGCCACCGAUCUCCAGUUCGGCGGCUCCAAGAAGUACGAGGGCUCAUCGGAGUUCGUCCACCUCAGGUACCAUAUGGGUCCGGUGCUGACGGAGAACAUCACCGUCAACAUCAUCUGGUACGGCACGUGGCAGAGGGCCCAGAAGAAGAUCAUCCGGGAGUUCAUCAACUCGAUCUCCUCCCGCGACGCCAAGCGGCCCUCCGUCGCCGGAUGGUGGCGCACGGUGACGUUCUACACCGACCAGACGGGCGCCAACAUCUCCCGCUCGCUGCACCUCGCGGCAGAGAAGAGCGACCGGUUCUACUCCCACGGGAAGAAGCUCACCCGCUUAUCGAUACAGUCUGUGAUCAAAAGUGCGGUGACAGCCAAAACGAAGCCGUUGCCCAUCAACCCAAAAAGUGGGAUCUACCUGCUCCUCACAUCUGAUGACGUGUACGUCCAGGAUUUCUGCGGUCAGGUCUGUGGCUUCCACUACUUCACCUUCCCAUCAAUAGUGGGCUACACGCUGCCGUACGCCUGGGUGGGCAACUCCGCCAAACUAUGCCCAGGCAUGUGCGCCUACCCCUUCGCCGUACCGGAUUACAUCCCGGGCCUCAAACCGCUAAAAUCACCCAACGGUGACGCAGGCAUAGACGGAAUGAUAAGCGUGAUUGGCCACGAGAUUGCUGAACUGGCAACGAACCCCCUGGUGAACGCAUGGUACGCCGGGACGGACCCAGUUUUUCCAGUGGAGAUUGCGGAUCUCUGUGAGGGGAUUUACGGCACUGGCGGUGGGGGUUCAUACACCGGUCAGCUCUUAGACGGCGAGGAUGGCGCCACGUACAACAUGAAUGGCAUCAGACGGCGGUUCUUGGUUCAGUGGCUGUGGAGCCACGUGCUGAGUUAUUGCACUGGCCCGAACGCACUGGAUCAGUAAUAUUUCCCUAUUUCUUUCUUCUUCUUCUUCUUUUUUUUUUUUAAUUUGAAUUUUUUUUUGGGGUGUUUUUGUUGGGGACCUGGUAAUGCAUAAUUAAGUAGUUGUUAAGUUAGUUAAGUUUGUUAAAAAUGUAAUAAUAUUUACGUAUACUUUGUUCGUAUACUAAAUAGAUUUUGGUGUUUCCCGCCA